AUGAAUGUUCUGAUGAACAAGAUCCUGAUGGUUUUGGUUUCUACCGGUCCAAGAAAGACUCUUGAGUUUGGAAUUGGAGCUAUUGGGAUUGAAGAAUUUUUCAAUGUGAUUGUCACAGUAGAGGAUGUACAUAGGGGAAAGCCUAAUCCUGAAAUGUUCAUGUAUGCAGCUCAGCUUCUCAACUUCAUACCAGAGCAGUGCAUCGUGUUUGGAAAUUCCAACUCGAAAGUGGAGGCUGCACAUGAUGCUUGUAUGAAGUGUGUAGUUGUUGCAAGCAAACAUCCCUUGUAUGAACUUCGAGCUGCAAACUUGGUUGUGAGGUACCUUGAUGAACUCUUUGUGGUUGACCUGAAGAACCUAGCUAAUAUUGAAUUAGCUGAAUUUGGGUCCGAAGAAGAAGAGGCUGAGAUGAAGGAAGAAGGUGAUGAUCCUUAUCCUUCUACAUCAGUGGCAAUUGAUGAUUUAUGGUAA